UAAAAAAUUCAUAUCAAAAUGCUACGUGUGAAAGAAUAUAAUGACAUAUCAAUCGGUUUUUUUCAAUGAAAAGAUUGCCCUCAUAUCACAUAUAAUUAACGAUGAUUGCCAUCAAUUAUUAAUAACUUUUGCAUACAGCAAUAUCGUUUAAGCUGCAUGUUUAAUUUAGAAUGAAUCAUUUUCAUCAUUUCUGUUUGUGCGACGCAUUUUGAAUAAAAUUUCCUUCAAGCGCGGAUCGAGAGAUGUCUUCGAGAAUCGAGAUCGUCGUUAUCUCGAAGCAUAAAAUUGAACGCUGCAGAAAUGAAAUCGUCACGGCUUUUUAUCGCCUUUAUCGAAGAAAGUUCAACCCCUCGACUAUGCCGUCGUCGAACAAUCAUCCAUCAACUACACCCACAAGUAUUAUCGAUGUUUUCCCCUUCCCUCGCUCUCCUCUCCAUUAUUCGGCGCAGCCCGAAGGAAGGAACUUCUCUUUCGCUGAACUUGCUUUCCACCCCCUAUGCUUUUCGCACCCUCUGCGCGGGAGAAAUCGUCGGCGUGCAUCGUAUAUAUGCGAGACCUCCUCAUCAAUUAGCCGUCCAAGUCUCGAUGUAAUAAAUGCAUCGGUGGUACUCUCCCGGCAAAUAUAAUGGCACGGAAGAGAAGCACAAGUGCGACUUGGUCGGCACCGAAAGUGAAAGCGAGGACUCUCAAGGACUUUGCCUCUCCAUCCCUCCGAGUUUCUUCCUCCGUCUUGCUCGUCGCGAAGGAACCUCGGUCGAGCGACCGGGAGAAGCACGUAGAGGAAGAGACGCGGAGAUGAUGCUGGGAACGCGAGGGAGAGGUGGAGAUCUCUCUCCGGAUUUUCUCCGGGAGGAAGGAGGACGUUGGAAGUAUAUCGCGAGACGGAUGAGGGACACGCACGCACCGGGGUCGCGCAUGCGUCCGGGUACUUCACCGUCGGCGCCGAGGAUGUUCGACGUUUUUUUUCAGUCACCGGUCGACGCUGCGUCGGGCACCGUCGUCGUCCCCGAAUACACACACGGCCGUGAUUCGCGCGGCUACCACCACGUUCAGUAUCCGCGCGACCGACAUCGGGGUCGAUAGGACCCGGAGAGAACUCGAAGACGUACCCAGGUGGUGGUCAACGUGCGCGUUUCACGUGUCCUCUCUUUCUGGAGCGGAAACCUCGCGUCGCGAGGAUAUCUGACCUCGUGGUGAGAUUUGCGCGCGUCCAUCCGGGGCAAGGUUACUGCGCGCUCGCGUUACGUCCCCAGGUGAGAGAGAGAGAGAGAGAGAGAGAGAGAGAAGCGCAGGUGAGAGAAACAGCGGAGCAGGCGCAUCCCUGAUGUGAGAUAUGCGAUCGGCGGGCGAUCGCUCGCUGCCUCGACAGUGUGGACCAACGCGUGGUGAGAGCAGUCAGGAUUGAGGAAGAGAAUCCCGGAGGAAGAGGCUCGCCGAUAUAGGAGGGAUGACGCUGUCGAGAUCGACCUGUUCGCGCGGUUAGUCCUGGAACAAUCCGUGCAGGAAGUCGCACCGGAGCAACCUCGGGCGAUGAGAAUCUCUCCCUGCGAGGACUCUCCGAAUCGUCGCCUCACGCAGCUCCAGGCGCCAAGGAGGCCGCAGCGUCGUUGAGGACGAGGAAACAGGACGACUCCGAGGAUGUCGCUGCACUAUCCUCAGGGAUACCGAUACCGAUCCGCGUCGAGGACGGGAGUCGGAGUCGAACAGGGCUCCGACAGCGACGUGGCGGAGCUCAGCGACCUCGAGGACGACGAGGACGAGGACGACGCUCGCGAAAUCGCCGACAGACGUCGUCGAGCGCUCGUGGAGGAAGAGGAGGAUGCCGAGAACGAGGACGACGAGAACGACGAGGACGAUGACGAGGACGAGGACGACGAGGAGGAGGAGGAGGAGGGCGAGGGUCUACCCUAUCCAGGUUUCGUUCCAAUUGCACUCAGAUAUCUCGACCAGACCACACGACCGCGCAACUGGUGUCUCGCGCUUAUCACUAAUCCGUGGUUCGAGAGGGUUAGCAUGAUGGUGAUUCUUCUAAACUGCAUCACUCUAGGGAUGUACCAGCCGUGCGUGGACGACCAGUGUGAAACGAAUCGAUGUAAAAUAUUGCAGAUGUUCGAUGAUAUCAUUUUUGCCUUCUUCUCCCUGGAGAUGACUAUAAAGAUGGUGGCGAUGGGGAUUUACGGUAGAGGAACUUAUCUCGCGGAUUCCUGGAAUAGAUUAGAUUUCUUUAUAGUGCUCGCUGGCGCUUUGGAAUACUGCCUAAAUGUGGAAAAUAUGAAUCUGUCAGCCAUACGAACGAUAAGGGUUUUAAGGCCAUUACGAGCGAUCAAUCGUAUACCAAGUAUGCGGAUAUUGGUGAUGCUGCUACUCGACACUCUUCCUAUGUUAGGCAACGUUCUGUUACUGUGCUUCUUCGUCUUCUUCAUAUUCGGCAUCGUCGGCGUGCAACUGUGGGAGGGUAUAUUACGCCAACGUUGCUUCCUCAAGGCUCUACCCAACGUCAAGUACCCCGAGUUACUCUCGGACGAGUACUCGGUUCGAUCACGCAUUUAUGAUCUGGAGAAGUAUUUCGAGUAUCAGGGUCAGGAUUACAUUUGCUCGCGUCCCGACGACAGCGGGAUGCACUCCUGCAGUAAUCUGCCGCCGCUUAAAUUGGGAAACGUGGUGUGCAACAAUACCGCUGUGCCAAACAGUAACGUCACGUUCAUCAGCAAUGACACCUGCGUUAAUUGGAACUACUACUACACCGAGUGCAAGGGCCAGGGCAACAAUCCAUUCCAAGGAACAAUUUCAUUCGAUAACAUCGGUCUCGCCUGGGUCGCCAUAUUUCUUGUAAUUAGUCUGGAAGGAUGGACGGACAUAAUGUAUUACGUGCAAGACGCCCACUCCUUCUGGGACUGGAUAUACUUCGUUCUCCUGAUAGUCAUCGGCUCGUUCUUCAUGAUCAAUCUCUGCUUGGUCGUAAUCGCGACGCAAUUCUCGGAGACGAAGAAACGGGAGAUGGAGAGGAUGCGGCUGGAACGCGCGCGCUACCAUUCGACCUCGACGCUCGCGUCGUCCACGAAUACCUCGGAGCCUACUACUUGUUACGCCGAAAUCGUCAAAUACAUCGCUCACCUUUGGCGACGGGGUAAACGAAGACUGAUGAAGCGGUAUCGCCUGUGGUUGUACAAGAGGCAGCAGAAGCGGGAGCAGAAUCUGCUCAAGGAACAGCAGAGCCAAACGAUUCGCUCGAAUGCUGCUACUGGGGGAUUGAAUCGAGUACCGGGCGAUAGAAGACUGCAUCACGGAAGGUGUCCGCGGCUCCUCGCCGCGUUGGAUUAUGCCGAACAGCAGCAACAGCAGCAGCAGCAGCAGCAACAACAAUUGCAGGUGUCUGCAAGUGCUAACGGCGGAUCCGUCACCGAUUUCGCCGUCGUGACACCACCUCUGCAAUCAGCGGUGCAAGUCACCACCACGACCGCCAUCGGCAAUAAUAGCGGUAACAACGGCAGCGGAAACUUGGGCAUCGCGCCUCGAGCGAGCCCCGAGAUUUCCGAGGCCGAAGUCUCGACGAACAUGUGCCACAGGUUGAAUGUGCAUCGCGCCUCCUCCGCGUCUUGCAACGGAAGCGAUAACGCCGUCGUGGGAAAUGUGCAGGCCGAGACGAACAACACGUUGUUGAGUCCGCCAUGUACGCAUUAUCGGAGAAGAAGCAGCGUAAUGUUUAGCGACGUGGUACUGCUCCAUGGCAGCAAUAAUGUCGGGAAUGCGUUGCAGCCGGGGACGACGGUGACGCCAGGUGAACGUAACGUCUGCUCGAGCGAGAAGAUGACGCAGACGGGGGACGGUAACGUUUGGUCCAGUCCGCUGCCGGACCACACGCAGAUGCAGGCCGAGCUGGGCGGCAACGAGGCUAUGACGUGUCAAGAAUUGCUGGCUCUCAGUGGUGCUCUCAGCGCUGCCCUUCCUACUGGUCAAUUGGCUCUGGAUUCGUUUCUGAACUCUCUCACGAAAGGUAUAACAGAUCGUCACAUCACGUUGGAAGAUCGCACGCAGUGGUUGACGUCCGAUGUCGACAAUUGUUCCUGUUGCUGUGAACUGCAGGGCGAUCAGUGGCCGGACGACGCCGAGAAGUGGCAAAAAUCCUCGCGGGCCAGACGGUUCUUGAGACGCGCCGGAAGCUGCUGCUACUGCACAUUGCGCUCCGUGCAACGAUGCAUCAAGAAGCUUGUCGAGCACAAAUACUUUCAGCAGGGUAUUCUUCUCGCGAUACUCAUUAAUACUUUGAGCAUGGGAAUCGAGUAUCACAAUCAGCCGGAGCAAUUAACGGUAGCUGUUGAAAUAAGCAACAUCGUUUUCUCGGCGAUUUUCGCGGUCGAGAUGCUGCUUAAGAUAAUAGCAGAAGGCCCAUUUGGUUACAUCAGCAACGGCUUCAAUGUUUUCGAUGGCAUCGUCGUCGUUCUAAGCGUCGUCGAGCUCUGCCAGGCCUUCGUGGAGGAGCGUGGCGGCAGUUCCGGUCUGAGCGUUCUGCGCACCUUCCGGCUGCUCAGGAUCCUGAAGCUGGUGCGAUUCCUGCCGAAUCUGCGACGGCAGCUCUUCGUGAUGCUGCGCACCAUGGAUAACGUUGCCGUAUUCUUUUCUCUUUUAGUACUUUUCAUCUUUAUAUUCAGCAUCCUAGGGAUGUACCUGUUCGGGGGUAAGUUUUGCAUGUGGGCGGACCGGAGUCGGCCCUGUACCUGUGCCGAGGUGGUCUCGCGGCACCCAAUGUGUCGCUGUGAUCGCAAACAUUUCAACGACAUCGUCUGGGCACUAGUCACUGUCUUUCAGAUCCUUACGCAGGAAGAUUGGAACGUCGUCCUCUUCAACGGUAUGCAGAAGACAUCUCAUUGGGCUGCACUUUAUUUUGUAGCGUUGAUGACUUUCGGCAAUUAUGUUCUCUUCAAUCUUCUCGUCGCCAUUCUUGUUGAAGGUUUCUCAUCUGAGAGAAACGAGAGGAGAGAACGAGAGCAAAGAGAAUUGGCGAAAAGACUCGCCGCGAAGGAAGCUGGAAUGGGCAGCGAGGAUGGAUCGUCAAGAGUAUCUGGAUCGCAUUCGAUCUCUGAUAGUGAUACGUAUACCCAGGAUCAGAAGAAUUCCUGGCAGAGCGCGGAGGAGCUAAGAAAGUAUAAGGAUAACAGAGAGAAGCAGAACAGCGUGUGGAAACAACGGAUCGAUGAGCCUAAAUGUAACAUUCAGAAAGAAAGCAAGAUGAUGGGUGUGGCGGGUCAGCCACCGAUAAUCACUCAUACGGCGGCAACUCCUCAAGAUUCUCCGAACACCACGUUGGAUGUUGGCUACAGAGACCUCAAUUGCCGAGCAGUUUAUCCCGCUGCUGCCCUUUCGAUCGAAUCAAUCGAUCGAUCUGGUAGUCAGUGUAGUAUACCCUCGGGAUUGUUAAAACUGCCCGAUGUAUCUAACAAAAUACCGACGAACAAUUUAAUCGCUGGUCAAUUCCCGAGACGCAUAAGCCUCGUUACGGCUGUUGUCAAUCCAUCGACGAGGGACUCGAGUUCCAGCCCACCGAGGAUACAAAGGGGUUACUCGUGGCGCCUGUCACGCCCAUCCUUGCGAAGGAAACGAUGGUCGCAAAGUGACGACGAGCACGCCGGUCAUACGACAGUACUCAAUAAUGGACGUAGUACUAUCGUCGGAUCCAAUCCAACUUUCAACGGCGGUUAUUUGCAUGGUUCGAUAAGAAAUGACACGCAACGAGACGCGCCCAACAAUCGAACUACCGUCCUAACAAGCAAUAAUCGUAGUUUGAGUCCUAAUAAUUCGCUCGAAAGUUACGGCCCAUGGUCGAUUCGUCGUUACACAAUCACGCCUAAUCAGAUGCGAUGGAUCGGCGAGCUUUCGCGGAGGAAUUCGCUGCGCGGAUAUGAAAAUGUUCAGACGUCCACGAGGAAGACGCUGCCAUUGGAUGAGAUGCUCGUGCCGUCCUCGACCCCACGCACGAUCAACAAUCUAUCGAUGGAGACUGGUCCACUGCCGAGAAUCAAACGACUCCCCGAACAAGAAGAAGAGUGUCCGAGAACGGGCGGCGAACAGACGCCGCCGUCGAACGGCCACGGAAGCGCGAGCAGCAUCGAGAAAAUCAAAAAGAUAUUCAUGUUCUUCGAACCUAAGGGCUGCCUACAGGAACGUGAAAAUUAUUCCCUGUAUUUAUUUCCACCUAAUAAUAGGUUUCGCAUCUUCUGUCAAUGGUUCGUUAAUCAAAAGUGGUUUGAUAAUGUGGUGUUACUAUUCAUUGGAUUGAACUGCAUUACUCUGGCGAUGGAACGGCCGAAUAUACCGCCUGACAGCCGUGAGAGAGUUUUUCUAGCGAGUGCAAAUUACAUAUUUACCGCCGUUUUUGCCAUCGAGAUGUUCGUGAAGGUCGUCGCGACAGGUAUGCUUUAUGCUCCGGAUGCGUAUUUCACUUCAGGCUGGAAUAUUAUGGAUGGAUCUCUCGUUAUUAUUUCCAUAAUCGAUUUAUUGAUGUCGUUGCUUUCAUCGAGUAGCCCCAGAAUAUUUGGAAUACUAAGAGUAUUUAGAUUACUGAGAUCAUUAAGACCCCUGCGAGUCAUCAAUCGCGCACCUGGCUUAAAACUGGUAGUUCAGACAUUGCUGUCUUCAUUGCGGCCCAUUGGAAACAUCGUCUUGAUUUGUUGCACGUUUUUUGUGAUCUUCGGGAUUCUCGGAGUGCAACUCUUCAAAGGCGCGUUUUAUUAUUGCGAUGGUCCCGACAUCAAGAACGUGCGCAAUAAAACGGAUUGUCUGUCCGAUAAGCGAAACAUGUGGUUAAACAGAAAAUAUAAUUUCGACGAUCUCGGUAAAGCUCUCAUGUCGUUGUUCGUCUUAUCGUCGCGAGAUGGAUGGGUGAAUAUCAUGUACACCGGUCUAGACGCUGUUGGCGUCGAUCAACAGCCUAUCGAAAAUUAUUCCGAAUGGCGAUUACUGUACUUCAUCGCGUUCAUACUGCUGGUGGGUUUCUUCGUGCUAAACAUGUUCGUCGGCGUGGUGGUCGAGAAUUUCCAUAGGUGCCGUGAAGAGCAGGAGAAAGAGGAGCGCGUACGCAGGGCGGCCAAACGCGCGCUGCAGAUGGAGAAAAAAAGACGAAAGAUGCACGAGGCGCCGUAUUAUACCACCUACUCCAAGUCGCGGCUGUUCGUCCACAACGUUGUGACAUCCAAGUAUUUUGAUCUGGCGAUCGCCGCCGUCAUCGGUCUCAAUGUCGUCACGAUGGCGAUGGAAUUUUACAUGAUGCCGAAAGCACUCACUUACGCGUUAAAGAUCUUCAAUUAUUUCUUCACCGCCGUCUUCAUCCUUGAGUCCUUCAUGAAGCUUGUCGCUCUCGGUGUGCAGCUUUAUCUAAAGGAUAAAUGGAACCAAUUAGAUGUGGGAAUAGUGAUAUUAUCAGUCGUUGGCAUCGUGUUGGAGGAGGUCGAAUCUAAGAUCAUUCCCAUUAAUCCCACGAUAAUUCGCGUAAUGCGAGUUUUACGGAUAGCCCGUGUGUUGAAGCUCCUGAAAAUGGCAAAGGGUAUACGUGCCCUCCUGGACACGGUGAUGCAGGCAUUACCGCAAGUUGGAAACCUAGGACUAUUGUUUUUCUUACUUUUCUUUAUAUUUGCCGCGCUAGGAGUGGAACUUUUCGGCCGGCUAGAAUGCAACGAUGAAAUGCCUUGUCAAGGUCUUGGUGAGCAUGCGCAUUUUAGUAAUUUUGGCAUGGCCUUCUUAACGCUUUUCCGGGUCGCCACCGGUGACAACUGGAAUGGUAUCAUGAAGGACACGCUGAGGGAUGAUUGUGACGAUGCGGCAGACUGUGUCAAAAAUUGUUGCGUGAGCACUAUUAUCGCGCCGAUAUUUUUUGUGAUUUUCGUUCUGAUGGCGCAAUUCGUACUGGUGAAUGUCGUCGUCGCUGUGCUGAUGAAACAUCUGGAAGAAAGUCACAAACAGAUGGAAGACGAACUUGAUAUGGAAACACAGUUGGAGAGAGAGUUAGCCGCAGAGCAGGAAGAACUUCUCGAGGAGGAAGAUGAAGAUGAUAUAGCGAUGAAUGGUAGAAUAGACGACGACGAUGAAGACGAUGAAGACAAAGAACACGUAUCCAUGGUGGGAAACUUAAAAAUACCCUCGAGGCCAGGACUGGCCAAAGUUCGAUCCUUACCUGCAAAUUUUAUUUACAAUCCACCGAGGGAGAGAAACAUCGAUGACGCCUCGAUUUCUGUGUCCUUGGACGAGAAACGUCGUAAUUCGUAUUACCGUUCGAGACCGUCCAAGUUUAAGUCGAAACGCCGGCAAACCUUCCAUUCAAGCCAUCACCAACGAAGCUCAUUAUUACCAAUGCAUUUCGAGGUCGCCGAAGUCUUCGAGAAACCUGUGAGCAACCUGAGCGUGCCUCGAAUUAUUCCACAUCGCAGUUACGGCGUGGCUAGUCAAGAUACCAGUCACGUACAACGUCAAAAGUUGCAGGUGACCAGCAGCGAGAACAAGUCUCUGCUGAGCGUGAGCAAACCAUCGACCAGUCCCUCGCUGGUGAUUUCCGGCGGCUCUAGCAGCACCCUGAGCGUUCCGCCGAAAUUGACGAGCGAUCGUUACCUCAUGCCGACCGCCGAGAUCUACCCGUCCAAGGCGACGAUGAGCCGCCGGACGUCCAGCGACACGCAAUCCCCGUCGCCAGAUAGCGCGAGCGCGGGCGCCGGAAGCAGCAGUCCUCGGACGCUGAGCAUCGCGAACGGCUACGCCGGCGGCAAGAUUCGGCCGGCGGAGGAAACGAAAUCGAAGGCGACGACGGCGACCCAGGACGAUCUCGACGUGCAGUCCGUCAUCAACGAGAGAAGGCCGUCCAAGUUGAAGACGACGCACGACGUCACCGCCCCGUCCGCCACCGCCAGCCUCGCCAGCGAUCAGUACAGCGCGAUGAUCCGCGGCGAGGGUUACAGCCACAUCUACGUCACCACCGAGGAGAGAUCCGACGAGGUCCCGUCCCCGUGCGGGAACGUGAGCGAGAGCACCGGCACUGGCAGCCUCAGCGCGGUCGCCAGCAUCAGCGUCGCCGGCAGCAUCAGCAGCGGAAGCGGCAACGGCAACGGUAGCGGAAGCGCCGGGGUUCACAUCGGCGAGGGUGGUGCUAUCGGAUCCGACGUGAGGAUUUACGUGGACGACACGGACUCGGCUAGUAGCAGUAACGGGCAACGGCGCGGCGGUAGGUUGACGCGCGACGACGAGACCCAGGACGCCUCGACCCCGACAUUGUCCUCCGCUACGACGAUGAGGGAUGGUGGUGGAGGCAACGGCGGAGGAGACAACGGCGAGGAGACAUCCGAGAAACCGUCCUCCGCCGGUGGACCGCUCGAUCCCUCUUAAUGCAGAGCGAACGCGUCCAAGUAGUCUCUAGUAUGUAUGGGAUUUGAGAAAGGGCUCUAAGAAAGACUGUAGUGCAUGACAAUAUAGUCGUUAUAUUCUAGUCACUUCGCCGCCGCGAACUUGCCAAAAUGAACCAAAGUCGGAAGUAUUUAGGAAGGGUUUGCAGAGAGAGAGAGGACAGGAAAGAAACAUAUGAUAUGUAUCAUUCAGGGGAAUUUUCCGAUGGCGUAGCGCGGAAAACCGGUUAUGCUAAAUAACGUACGUAAAUAAUGCGUACGCGUCGCGCGAACGCGCAACCUUGAAAACCUAUGACAAUCUCUUAUUGCCAACGGAACUGAUCUCUCGUGUUCCGUUUUCAAAGUGUCGAAUCCGUAGGAAUUGGUAGGAAGAAGAACGACGUAGAUCGCGUCGAUAAAAAUUAGAGAGGGUGGGAGGGAGAAGGAAUUUCAGUAGUUUAUAGCUAGAAGAGAUCUUUUUGUCGAGUCUACGCACGACAAAACUGCAAUUAAUUGGACCACACUGUCUCGCCUUUUCUUAUUCUCUAACUCUUGAGAAUUCUCGCGCGGAUUGCCGAUGAACAAUCAAACGUGUCUACAAUCGGUCGAUAGAAAUAUUAUAUUUUUGUCAUUCGGUUAAUUCACUAAAUUGCGAUGUAAGCUUUGUAUGAUCGUUAUAAUUAGCAAUUUUAGGGUAAUUAAAUUUAUAUGCAAAUUUAAAUUUAUCUUUCCAUAUAUAUGUAUAAUCCAGGAAAGAUGUAAUAAUUAUAUAUUCUUCAUCUUAUUCGCUUGAAUGUGUGUUGAAGUAAUAUUAUAUAGACCGUUCGAUCUUCACGGAGAUAAUUUCUUUUGGCUAGAAUUAGAUGUAUGAUCGAUCGUGGGAAUUAUUGAUAAUAUCGGCAUCCAAAACUCGUGAUUUAUCUUCAUUUCGUUGACUUCACUCUUUUCAACUAGAGCGUUCUUCUCGUUGACAUCUGUGAUAUACUUUAAUCGUAGUGUAUUUCCUAACGGUAACGGCAAAUAUCAGUACGAAACCGUAACAUCAGCAGCAGCAGCAGUAAACAGCAACAAAAGCAACAACAGUGACAGCAACAAUUUAGGAAUGUAGCUUUUUAAUAAAAAAAAAAGAAAAAAAAACGAAAACCAAUGCUGAGUGGCUUUUGCGGGGAGCUAAAA